UCCAUUGAUUUUCCCCCCUCCCCUCCAAGAACCCACUUCAUCGUCUACAACAAACACUAAUCCCCCAAUCUCGAUUACUUCCACUCAAACUCCCGCUCAUCAACUUUUCACGUCGUUGCGAAUAAUGGGCGUGCAAAUCAGAAGCGAAUCUUUCACAACAAUGGCGAAAUGGGCAAUCGCCGUUUUGUUAGUAUCGUGUUUUCUGGAGCAGAAAACAGCGGCGGUGAGGUUACUGGAUGAGGAACAAUGGCUGGCGAAGAACCUAAUAGUUCAGUCUCUUCAAAGGGGUCCUGUGCCGCCGUCGGGUGGCAACCCAUGCACGUUCAUUCCCGGCCGGAACCGUGGGCGCUGUACGUUGAGUGAAAUGGACGUCGCAGGCCAGUUCCCGCGUGCUCCGGCCGCCGCGUUUCCAGAUAUUGUCGUCGAUUUUGGGGCUGUCACGGCGGGGAACUCCGGUGCCAACGAGACCCAGAAACAAGAUUCGAGUUCUUGAUUAAUUUAUUGGUUCAAUAAUUAAUUAUUUUUUUUUUUUACUCAAAAGAGUAUAUAUAUACACACACACCACACACACACACACAUAUAUAUAUAUAUAUAUUUGUUGUAUGAUCAUGAAGCUGUAAAAUUUAACAUAUUCUUUUUUCUUUUUUUUUUUUCCCAACUCCAUUUUUUGGGCACAAUUGUUUGGAAGCAAAAUUGUGCUUGUGAUG